UUUUCUUUUGCUAGGCCAAUAACUAAAAAACCCACUUUCUUACGAUUACGAGGUUUAUUCGAAUAUGAAAUUCAAUCUUGGAAAUAUAGCAUACCACUUUUUUUUACUACCCAGGGCUUCUAUACAUUUCGAAAUCGAGAAAUGUCUACUGGUGCGAUUGCUAUCAGAGAACAAUUAGCUGAUCUAGAUUUACGAAUUAUUCUAGAAAAUUCGUUAGUAGAAUGGAAAGAAUUGGGGGAAGAGGGUCCCACAGGGAAUGAAUGGGAAGAUCGAAAAGUUGGAAGAAGAAAGGAUUUUUUGGUUCGACGUAUGGAACUGACUAAGCAUUUUAUUCGAACAAAUAUAGACCCCGAGUGGAUGGUUUUGUGUCUAUUACCAGUUCUUCCUCCUGAAUUGAGACCAAUCAUUCAGAUAGAUGGGGGUAAACUAAUGAGUUCGGAUAUUAAUGAACUCUAUAGAAGAGUUAUCUAUCGGAACAACACUCUUACCGAUCUAUUAACAACAAAUAGAUCUACACCAGGAGAAUUGGUAAUGUGUCAGGAGAAAUUAGUACAAGAAGCCGUCGAUACACUUCUUGAUAAUGGAAUUCGACGCGGUCAACCAAUGAAGGACGGUCAUAAUAAAGUUUACAAGUCAUUUUCAGAUGUAAUUGAAGGUAAGGAAGGAAGAUUUCGAGAAACUCUGCUUGGCAAACGAGUUGAUUAUUCAGGACGUUCCGUUAUUGUUGUCGGGCCUUCACUUUCAUUACAUCGAUGUGGAUUGCCUCGAGAAAUAGCAAUAGAACUUUUCCAGACAUUUGUAAUUCGUGGUCUAAUUGGAAAACAUCUUGCUUCGAACAUAGGAGUUGCUAAGAAUAAAAUUCGGGAAAAAGAAACGAUUGUAUGGGAAAUACUUCAGGAAGUUAUGCAAGGACAUCCUGUAUUGCUGAAUAGAGCACCGACUUUGCAUAGAUUAGGCAUACAGGCAUUUCAGCCCGUUUUAGUGGAAGGGCGUGCUAUUUGUUUACAUCCAUUAGUUUGUAAGGGAUUCAAUGCGGAUUUUGAUGGGGAUCAAAUGGCUGUUCAUGUACCUUUAUCGUUGGAAGCCCAAGCGGAGGCACGUUUACUUAUGUUUUCGCAUCAGAAUCUUUUGUCUCCGGCUAUUGGGGAUCCUAUUUCCGUACCAACCCAAGAUAUGCUUAUGGGGCUAUAUGUAUUAACUAGCGGAAAUCGUCGAGGUAUUUGUGUAACUAAAUAUAAUCCACGUAAUCGCAGCAAGGAUGAAACGAAAAGAAGUUCCAAAACUACUUAUAAUUAUGAGUAUACGAAAGAACCUUUUUUUUGUAAUUCCUAUGAUGCAAUUGGGGCUUACCGUCGGAAACGAAUCCAUUUAGAUAGUCCUUUGUGGCUCCGGUGGCGGCUGGACCGACGCGUUAUUACGUCAAGAGAAAUUCCUGUCGAAAUUCACUAUGAAUGUUUGGGGACUUUUUAUGAGAUUUAUGGACACUAUCUAAUAGUACGAAGUAUAAGAAAAAAAGAAAUUAUUUUUCUAUACAUUCGAACCACUGUUGGUCAGAUUUUUCUUUAUCGAAAAAUUGAAGAAGCAAUUCAGGGGUUUUCUCGUGCUUGUUCAUAUGGUACUUAG